AUGGUAUUUUCAAGUUUAAUUAACCAGAGGCAGCCUCCUAAGGCUGUGGUACAGUUCAAAGGCUACAUCACAAGCCCUUGGAUGCUCCGUGUCAGUCACAGCUGCUAUAAAUUACCCUUUUUGGUUACUAGUGCCAAAUUUAUUUGCGAAAACUGUGUAGCUUGUUGGUAGUGCCAGUCCAAAUCUCUCUGCCAGUGGUUCACCCUUGUUGCAUAAUAACACUCUUUAGGUGUUACAGAUAAUGGCCAAAUCUGUGCUCUCCUUUUUAAGAAAAGGCUUUUCUACACUCUCUGUUAUUUAAUUGAGUUCAUUGUUGAUUGGUGCUUAUUUAAAUUAAUGUGUGAACCUAAUAGGAGGACAGACCUGCAUUAAUAACACUCCUGGCUGUCUUUGCCACCAAGCUAUUCAACAAUGUUUGCUUUUCUCAGAUCAGGUAUUUUUCAUCUGAUGCAUGUCUGACAUGAAGGUCAUGUUGCUGUUCAAACAAACAAGAGAGAAUUUAAUUACAAAUACAACAGUCACAGAGGAAAGCUGAAAGCACUGGAAUUAAAGCUGACUGCAAUUAACAUAUUAGUGUAAUUUUCACUCUUACAGUAGAAACGUGGAUAGUCUAAGCCUAUGAUAUUUAUAUUAAGGUUCGAAGUAUCACAUGUGAAAUCAUUGUCAAAAGGUGUUUGAUUGACGUAGGAAACCAGACAGGAACUUUCUGAGUUUCUCCCGUGUAAGUUGCUAUAAUCUCUGCUAAUUGAUAUGUACAAUAAAAUGAUGCCAAAGUGUUUUAAGAGAUGCUAACUACUCUAUGCUGUACUUUAAAAUAUUGUUGGCUUUGGUACGAACAGGCACAUAAAAUUAGCUAGAAAUGGCUAUUUUGAAUUUUUAGCAAUUCUGUGAGGUGUUGAAAUCAGUAGAGUGGCAGCAUUUCUGAAGGUCAGGUCUGGCGAAGCAGGUUAAAUUGGUUUUUUCUUAAACAGUGGAAAGAAAAAGACGUUCUGAAAGGACAUUCUUUUUCCAGAUGUAGUGGAUGUGAGAGAUGAUGGGUCUCUAGCUAUCUUCUAAGUACAAUUCUGCCAUCUGUCACUUGAGUAGGGAAAAGUGUUCAAUGAGCCUUUAAUGGAACUUUGUGAUUGCAGAUCCUUAUCAGAGCUAGGGCGUACAUUGAUUUGGUUACCUUGGGUAAGUUGCACUGCUGCUGUCCAUGCUCCUCUAGCGUAAGGAUGUCUCUCUCAGGAGUGUGCCUUGGGACAAACACUGGGCUGGGAGAUCUCCAUGUUGGCAGAUGUUCUGCAACAGCUGUUUUGUGUCUGUUGAUCUUGACCAACUGCUGCUCAGCCCUGCAGUGAUAGAAGAGGAGCAGGGCUGAGCAGGGCAGGGUCCUGGGGGCAGGACACCAGUCUGAGAGAUGCUGCAACGUUUUAAGCCAAACCUAAUUUUAGUUUGGACUGCAGGCUCUGCUGCUCUGUUGUCUGUAGACUGUGGUGUGGUAGCCCAGGCAUCCCAAGUUGCAGGGUUUUUAGCUCCACUUGCUUCCCAUGGAGCCUGUUUCACACACAGUUCCACCUAAGUGCCUGUUGAGUGCUAUUCUGUACCCUUCUGGUAACACUAUGAUCUUCAAAGUUUUAUAGAGUGUAUACAAACCUAAACCUAAGAUGGAUGCAAAAAAGUAGUAUGAUUUUCUUUUGAACAGAAGUAAAAUAGCAAUAAUAAUUUGAUGUUAUUUUGAAUUACCAGUUAAUUGUGGCAUCUGGCUAAUGAUACUGUGCGGAAUACAGUGCAGUAAUGUGGAAGGUCAGGAGAAGUCUAAAUCCAGCAGAAGCUUUUCCCUAUUUACUCAGUUGUAGAUGAAACCCUCUAGAGUCACACAAUUGUGUAGGAGCUCUUAGAAGUCUGAAACAUUAUCACAUUGCCAUAAGAAUAACUCCAACAGUCUCAAGUCUUUAUUUCAGAGCCAAUGAUGUUUUUAUUCUCCAAAAAAGUCCUCGUGUGAAGUGUUACACAGCUGUCAUGUUAGCAGAGCUUGAUGGAAAUGACACAGUUAGUGAAGAGAACCCUCUAACACAGUUCAGCAGAGUUGAUUUUAGCACUGUGGAGUAGCAGCAGAGUGCUCUUUGAAAUAGCAAUCUCAUUUCACUUUUAAAUGUAUUAUUGUAUUACAUAUAGAGAAGCUUGCUUGUGAUAGUAUCACUGCACUAUUGUAGUGUUACUGAGUCAUCUCAAGAGAGCAGCUGAAAAGGUAUUCUGGGAUGGGAGAUUGUGACACUGCAGAUCCUUCUUGCUGUGUCCCAGUGCUAUGGAUGAGUAGAGGGGAAGUUGGGCAUGGUGUUUGUCACUUAGGGGUUUCUUACAGUACUGGUCCUUGGAAUAGGCUGCCAGGUGGGAAUCAGCUUUGGGUUGACUACUCUUGAGAAAUUUUGUGAGUGCUGGUAUUCAUUGGUUAAAAGUGACUAAACGUGCAUGAGUUUUGUUGGAAAGGCCUCUUCAUUUGCUGCUGGUAGUGCAUUAGUGACAUAUAAUGGGAUUUUUAUUAUUUUAGUUGAACAGUGUAAUUUUGCUGGGUUUUUUUCUUUUUUCCACUAGAUGGCCCAAGCAUGCUUCCAAGUGCCCCAUGAGAACUGAAACUUAAUUCAUUUCUCUUUUAACUGAAGUUAAAAUUCUGCAUUAUGAGGCAUAUAUCAACUCGUGUGAGGCUUAGUGCUUGUUUAAACUACAAACACUUUAUAUCAGCUGAGAGAAUGUUGGUUAAUGUAAGGAGUAUGUGGUAAUGAAAGGUUAUUUUUUUCCUUGAUUAGAACAUUUUUUAUCAAGUGUAGUAUAAAACUGUUUAGUUUUGCAUUGAGAAGUGGUGUGCUUUCACUGACUGUGCUCCACACUAAUAGUUCAAGGAGGCUCUGAAAAUGUGUUCUAAAGUUUGUCCCUAACACCUCCUGGGAGUGAGACUGGUAUUUUGAGGUCACCAUAAUUGAUUUUUUUAGGGGAGCGUGGCUUUACUUUUGCUGCAUAGGGUUUUCAUAACAACUUGCAGCUCAUUACAGUGGUGUGUGUAUAUAUAUAUAUAUAUAUAGAUAUAUAGAUAUAUAGAUGUGGUCAGUGGGUUCUGAAUAGGUUAAAGGUACAGACUAUUUUAAUUCACCUUUUUAGCAGACACCAAGUACAAGCUUGUUAUCAUGAGUGUCUUUUUGGUUAGUGGAGGAAGACGGGUAUACACCAAAGGCAGCUCUUCCAUGAGGGUGGUUGGACACUGGAAUGAGGCUGAAGAAAUGAUGGGAUGUUCAUCCAUAGAGAGACAUUCAAAACUCAACAGGACUGAGCCCUGGGCCAGCUCUGACUGGGAUAUUGAACUAGGUGACAUUGAGAGGUCCCCUUCAACCUUAAUUAUUCUGCAAGUACAAAAUGAGGUUUUAUUAGUUCCUUUGCUCUACUGCUGUUUGAAACAAAAAUAAAGAAAAUGGAUCGUUGUCUUUCUGAGCUAGUUCAUAACUGCAGUAUUUUGAAUUAAGUUCCAGCUUUCCUUUGCUUCUGAGGGCCUUGAUGUGGUGGUAUUAGGCCACCAGAAAAAAGAUGUGUGUCCGUGUGCGUACUUUUCCUCCUUAACUUGCAAUCCCCACUGGGGAAAAAAAGCCAUUUAAAGGGAGUGCUCUAUUCCUUCAUUUCGCUGCUGCACUUGCCAAAUGCCAUCUCAUCUUAUGUUUUAUGUUGUUACUUCUAGUGUCUCUCUUUAACAGGUGUGACAGAUUUUCUCUUAUUCCAUUCCUUAGGGUCUUUCCUAGAUUUUCUCUUUGGCUCCUUUUCUUUAUGGAAGAGAGACAGCAGUUGUUCCUUCCUCUGCAUCUGACUGUGCUCCUUUUUUCCUUCCUUUUCCCAUUGUCAGUAUUUGUCCUGUCCUGCCACCUUCCUGCUUCUCUUCCCUUUUCUGGCUGGAGACAAAUCAGUAUUUCCAUGUGUACUAGAAGAAUGGACAUACAUGGAGUAUUUUGGUGGCAGGGAUGUUGCUGCCUGCAGUCAGUUCUGUAGACAAAGAGGUAAUUGCUCUAGUUCAUGGCCCUACUGAUACGUGCCGAGUACUGCAUUUGCAGUAUUUUGGUCUCCUUUCUAGUUUCUUCCAAAGUCAAUAGUUUUUAGUUUAUUGGGCAAUGUGCUAGUUGAGCCAGGGACUUGUUUUUGUGAUAGGUUUGUAUGUUUAAUGGGAUUUCUUUCCUGAACUGAUAUACUCUCUACUUUGUGUAGGACAUUGGCUGCAUGGCCUCACAACUGCUGUUAUUAGUAAUACAGGCUUAAAUUUAUUUGUGACUGGAAACUAAACUGAUGAAAGCAAUUCCAUUUUUAGCAUCCUUUUACUGGAAAACAUAGCUAUGGGUAUACUAGAAUGUUAGUAGUAUCUUUUGGUUAGUAGCAUAAGUUAUGGUUUUGUUCUAACUUUUUUUACCAAACAAAUUUAAUAGCAAGUAUGAAAUGGGGUGAGUUUAAAAAGUUGUGUUUCUAGGAAAUCUUUGAUGCAGCAGAAACAGAUAGGUGUGAAUUGUGUACGUGUAUUGUUGCAAGUGCUAUAUGGAACUGUGGUGUAAAAGCGACCUUAUCCAAUCACAAUGUGAAGGUUUUUCAGCUAGUAUCUCAGUCAUGUCUCAAAACUUUGCACUUAACAUGUUUUUAGUAACUGUAGACAGUUAAAGCAGGUAGUAAUAUUUGUUUUCAGGCAAAGAUUCUAUUUCAUGUAUCUGUUGUAUGUAGUACAAUAAUUUGCUUAUUGUGUAGUUUUGCAUCUGGGGAUACAGAAAUUACAUUACAGGGUGAACAAAAAUAGUGAUGGACAAGAUGUUAGAAAGGUGUUGUGUUUCAUAUCUAUCUCAGGGCAUUUACGUAGUGGUACCUCCUAAGUACAUGUAGGCAUUUUGGGUAAGUGGAUGUAAUGCCUUGGGAUGUAUGACAGCAGCCAUGAUGUAGUACUAUUUGAAAGCUGGACAAAGGUUGCAGUAUCAGAUGUCACUAGUAGAUUUGGGAAAGAAACUUUUAGAAGCUGCACGAGCAGGUCAAGAUGAUGAAGUUCGCAUUUUGAUGGCAAAUGGAGCACCUUUUACCACAGACUGGUUGGGAACAUCUCCACUUCAUCUAGCAGCACAGUAUGGACACUACUCCACCACGGAAGUGUUGCUGCGAGCAGGUGUAAGUCGGGAUGCCAGAACCAAAGUGGACCGAACUCCGUUACAUAUGGCAGCAUCAGAAGGCCAUGCCAGCAUAGUAGAAGUCUUACUUAAGCAUGGUGCUGAUGUCAAUGCGAAGGACAUGCUCAAAAUGACUGCACUUCACUGGGCGACUGAACAUCACCACCAAGAAGUUGUAGAACUCUUGAUAAAAUACGGAGCAGAUGUUCAUGCGCAGAGUAAAUUUUGCAAAACGGCAUUAGAUAUUGCAGUAGACAAUGGAAAUGAAGACAUUGCAGAAAUAUUGCAGAUUGCAAUGCAGAACCAAAUCAAUACGAAUCCCGAGAGUCCGGACACUGUGACGAUACACGCAGCAACACCGCAGUUCAUCAUCGGACCUGGAGGGGUGGUGAACCUAACAGGUCUGGUAUCUUCUGCAAAUACAUCCAAUGGAACAGAUGAAACAGGAGUGUCUGCUGUACAGUUUGGAAAUUCAUCCACAUCAGUAUUAGCUACGUUGGCAGCUUUAGCAGAAGCAUCAGCUCCGUUGUCUAAUUCUUCGGAAACACCAGUUGUGGCCACAGAAGAAGUUGUGACUGCAGAAUCUGUGGAUGGGGCCAUUCAGCAAGUGGUCAGUUCUGGAGGUCAGCAGGUUAUUACUAUAGUUACGGAUGGCAUUCAGCUGGGUAACCUGCAUUCCAUUCCAACCAGUGGGAUAGGGCAACCCAUCAUUGUGACCAUGCCAGAUGGGCAGCAAGUGUUAACAGUUCCAGCAACAGACAUUGCUGAAGAAACUGUGAUAAGUGAAGAACCGCCAGUGAAGAGACAGUGCAUUGAGAUUGUUGAAAAUCGUGUGGAGUCUGCAGAAAUAGAAGAAAGAGAAACUCUUCAGAAACAGCUGGAUGAGGCAAACAGAGAAGCACAAAAAUACCGUCAGCAGCUUCUAAAGAAGGAACAAGAAGCAGAGGCCUAUCGGCAGAAGUUAGAGGCAAUGAACCGCCUCCAGACUAAUAAAGAAGCUGUUUAAUAAAAAAUGAACACACUGCAAAGCCUGUUACUUUCAAAAACCUGCAGUACAAUCUUGAACUGUACGCUAUAUAGGUACAGCCAUGGGAUUUCAUGAUAGAGAAGAUGCUACAAGUUGAUAACUGGACUUAAGCCGUGAGCUCUGAUUAAUUUCUUGUAACAUAAAAACUCUGAAUUUAGAAAUUGUGAAAAGUAUUUAAAAUUAAAUACUGUAAAUAGUUGGUUUUUUUACAGUUUCAAAAUGAGUUGAUAAAUCUUUUUGAAGGGAUCCAGAAACAUGAAAAGCCAAUGUUUUUGUGAAAUUUUUGAUUUUAGUAUGAAUCUAACUUCUGAAAAACAGAACAGUUUUAAGGGUGAUGUUGAUUUAAGCUGACAAUAUGGAAUUUGAUUAUGUGACAAAAUUAAUUAACAGUUAUUUCUACACGAUAACAACUCAACUAGUCUGAAUAAGACAUUUCCAGGUGGAAAUCUUUGUACAGCUUUAAGUAGUUAUCUCAGAUUCUCUGAAAACCAUUUUUGGUUUUUUUUUUUUAUUUUAGGUGGUGAAAUUUUUAUAUUUAAUUUCAGAUAUAUCCAAGUAGAUUUACAUGUAUAUGAAGCUAAUAUUUUUUAAACUUUUCAGUUUGUACAUAUGCUGCAUGUUUUUAUAAUUUCUACACAUACAUCUUGCAUAGGUAUUUUUCAGCAAAGAUGAGAAAAAUUAUGAGAAAAAUGUUUAGCCUAUAGGUCAUUUGAAGUAAGCUAGCAGCCAGUUUUAUUGUGGAUGGUAUAUUUCUUGGAAGAAUGUAAUUUUUAAUUAAGAAGAACAAAAAAAGUAUCUUAAUUUACAUAUUAAGAGGCAAAAUUUGGUAGUGGAGGCGUUGAAACUUCACUUUGUGUGUCUUACAAUUUUUCUGUAUGAACAUUGUAAAGUUCAGUAAUGAAUGGAAAAGAACGUCUCCACUGGAACACAAACAGUAGCUAUUUUAGAAUAUCCCUGUUGAUCUCUCUUCCCCAAUAGCCUUGAAAUUACUUCAGUGAUACUUUUUUAUUAACGGACUUUUGCAUUUUAAUUACGCAAUUGGACAAGUAAUUUUUUUAUGUUGUAGCGAUGCUCUUCCUGCCCAGCAUCAUUGUUCUCACUGUGAUACUGUGUUUGUGUGUGUCUGUGCAGUGAUCUAUUAUGCUUAAAAUUUAUAUGGCACGUUACAUCUUCAGAGCAUUGUAAAAUCUUUUAAAGAACCCUUACUGCACUGCCUGAGGCAGGUAAGUGAGUGUUAUUGUCUCAAUUCUGUAACUGGUAUAAGUGCAACACAAGAGAGUGUUACUGACUGGCUUAACACCACGUGAACCUGUGGUCACCUGGGAAUGGAUCUCAGGAGUUCCUGGCUUCUAGUCCUGUGCUUAGACUGAGCUGCCUUAAGAUUGUUCAGUGCUGUGUUACAUUAAAUUUUGAAUUACUGUGCAGAUCUGUUUUUUGUAAGAUAAAACUCUUUGUGCUUUGCUUUGUUGUUCCAUGUUCACUGCUUUUAUGGAAUUGUUUAUAUAAACUUAAGCAAAAAGUCUGGUUUAUCUAUACUGUACACGGAAGAAUUACCCUUAAAACUGUACUCUGGCCUACUUUUUCUAUUUUACAAUUAAAUAUCUUUUCCACAUA